GUUUGAGGUCAUCUUCUGUGGCAGUGUGUAGGGGAGACCUGAAGAUCGUCUUAUGCCUCAGCUUGCCACAAACUGCAAACAGCAAAAUGAGUGUCAGGUGAUUCAUGGCAGGGGACGUGGAAGGGUUUAGCUCCUCCAUCCAUGACACCAGUGUCUCUGCUGGAUUCAGAGCACUGUAUGAGGAGGGAUUGCUUCUUGAUGUCACACUUGUCAUUGAAGACCACCAAUUUCAGGCCCAUAAAGCACUGCUUGCCACCCAGAGUGAUUACUUCAGGAUUAUGUUCACAGCUGAUAUGCGAGAACGAGAUCAGGACAAAAUCCAUUUGAAAGGUCUGACAGCUACAGGCUUCAGUCAUGUCCUCCAAUUCAUGUACUAUGGAACUAUUGAACUGAGUAUGAACACUGUUCAUGAAAUCCUUCAGGCUGCCAUGUAUGUCCAGCUUAUAGAGGUGGUAAAAUUUUGCUGCUCUUUUCUCUUAGCUAAAAUCUGCUUAGAAAACUGUGCAGAAAUUAUGAGACUUCUGGAUGAUUUUGGUGUAAACAUCGAAGGAGUCAGGGAAAAAUUGGACUCCUUUCUGCUAGAGAAUUUUGUGCCACUCAUGUCCAGACCUGACUUCCUUUCAUAUCUGAGCUUUGAAAAGCUCAUGUCUUACUUGGAUAAUGAUCAUCUGAGCAGGUUUCCAGAGAUAGAGCUGUAUGAAGCUGUUCAGGCCUGGCUACGCCAUGAUAGAAGACGCUGGAGGCAUACGGACACCAUCAUUCAGAACAUCAGGUUUUGUUUGAUGACACCAUCCAGUGUUUUUGAGAAGGUAAAAACAUCAGAGUUUUAUCGAUACUCCCGGCAGCUGCGACAUGAGGUUGACCAAGCCAUGAAUUACUUUCAUAGCGUUCACCAACAGCCUUUGAUGGAAAUGAAAUCGAACAAAAUUCGUUCUGCCAAACCCCAGACUGCAGUAUUUAGAGGAAUGAUAGGACACAGUAUGGUAAACAGUAAAAUUCUUCUCUUGCACAAACCAAGGGUCUGGUGGGAACUAGAGGGUCCUCAAGUACCUUUACGACCAGACUGCCUUGCCAUUGUGAAUAACUUUGUGUUCCUAUUAGGUGGGGAAGAACUGGGGCCAGAUGGUGAGUUUCAUGCUUCAUCCAAAGUGUUUAGAUAUGACCCAAGACAGAACACUUGGUUACGAAUGGCAGACAUGUCUGUUCCACGUUCUGAGUUUGCUGUUGGAGUUAUUGGGAGGUAUGUUUAUGCAGUGGCUGGGAGAACCAGGGAUGAAACGUUUUACUCAACUGAACGGUAUGAUAUUACUGAAGAUAAAUGGGAAUUUGUGGAUCCCUAUCCAGUCAAUAAAUACGGACAUGAAGGGACUGUGCUUGGUAACAAGUUGUAUAUCACUGGUGGAAUUACAUCAUCUUCAACUUCUAAGCAAGUGUGUGUGUUUGAUCCCAGUAAAGAAGGGACAGUAGAGCAGCGAACAAGGAGAACUCAAGUGGUCACUAACUGUUGGGAGAACAAAUGCAAAAUGAAUUACGCAAGAUGCUUUCACAAAAUGAUUUCUUAUAAUGGUAAGCUUUAUGUUUUUGGUGGUGUCUGUGUGAUUCUAAGGGCUUCCUUUGAAUCUCAAGGAUGUCCUUCUACAGAGGUUUAUGACCCAGAUACUGAUCAAUGGACUAUAUUGGCUUCUAUGCCAAUUGGUAGGAGUGGGCAUGGCGUAGCUGUUCUGGACAAGCAGAUAAUGGUUCUUGGAGGCCUUUGUUACAAUGGUCAUUACAGUGACUCGAUUCUCACCUUUGAUCCAGAGGAGAACAAAUGGAAAGAAGAUGAAUAUCCAAGGAUGCCGUGCAAGCUGGAUGGCUUACAAGUUUGCAGCUUGCACUUCCCUGAAUAUGUUUUGGAGCAUGUUAGACGUUGCAGCUAAAACAGAACAAACA